AAACGUCUGUUGACAUAUACAUAACCUCAAACACAAAUUUCAAAGUUAAAAAACUGAUUUAACACCGAAAAAAUCAAAAUGAGUUGACGAAAAAUACAACGAAGCAACAGUUACAUUCACUGAACGGAAUUUUAGCAAAAACCACCCACAUUUUAACGAAUAUGCAAAAACUAACAGAGGAAUAACAUAACCUCUGCACCAUCACCCAAACUCAAAUUUUUACCACCCAGAUGCUCAAAAAUCCGACCUCCACAAUGAAUGAAGAAACCGUCAUAAAACCAGAGUCCCACGACACCCUCGACCCUUUCCCUCCGAUCCACCACUUCCUCCACAUAAAAAUCGAGGAAAAACCGCUACCUCUGCUACCGGAAACCGACCCCCUACCUCUCUCAUUCCGAGACCACGAAGAAACCAAAAAAUGUAAAUGUGAGUAUUGUCCCUAUCGUGCCAAGUACAUAAGCGAUGUUAAACAACACGUAAUUAACAAACACACAGCGUCCGAAGACAUACCCUGGUUCAGAUGCGAGCACUGUCCCUACAAGGCCAAGCGACGAGGAGAGCUGAAAACCCACAUGUUGUACAAACACAUUCCUUUCGGGGAGACGCAGGUCUACGAAUGCACACAUUGCAUGUACAAAAGUAAGGUUAAGUCUGAAGUCCGCAGACACAUUGCCCGCAAGCACACUCCGUUAGAAGAGCUGAAAAGUCUCAAGUGGCAUCAAUGUGAGCACUGUGCUUUUAAAGCCAAAACUAAAACCACGCUGAAUCAGCACGUUUUGUAUAAGCACACGAAUACUGAAGAUGUGCAGUGGCUGUGCUGUAGCGAGUGCGAGUAUAAGUCGAAGACGAAGUGUUUGAUGCAGAAGCAUGUUCUGUGCAAGCAUACGCCGGCGGAGGAGAUUAACUGGUUCCAAUGUGCGCAUUGCGAUUACAAGGCGAAGAAAAAAUCGACGUUGAAGGAUCAUAUUUUGAAUAAGCACACUGAUGAGGAUAAGGUGGUUUGGUUUGAUUGUGAGGAGUGCAGUUAUAAGGCCAAGAGUAAGAGUGUUUUGACUAAACAUGUGAAGUAUAAGCACACCGAGGUGGUGCAGAAAAUCGAGUGGCUGGAUUGUGACCAGUGCUCAUAUAAGACCAAGUGGAAUAGUAACUUGAUCAAGCAUGUGAGGAAUAAACAUGAUGCUAUGUAUAAGGUCAAGUAUAGUUAGUUUGGUGUAUAAAGAAAAUAAAGUAUAUAAUAAAAA